AGUCCUCGGGUGCCCCUUCUGGCAGCCAGACUUCAACGUUCCUUGUCGAGUUUCCUCUGCAAGGUACCACCAAUGAACAGUACUCGAUUGACGUACGGUAUGUGGUAUUACACAGGAGACGGCAUCGAUGGAACAGCGGCGCCGCUGUGGCGUACUUGUACGAGCCCACGAUUACCACGGGUGCGCCCUGGCUUCUCUUUCUGAAGCUUUCAAUGUCUCUGGUAUCUACCUAUCAGGUGACCAGCCGAUUCUCCAUCUGCUAGAUAAUGAUAUAUAGGGCCUUGGUAAGUCUCCAGCCCUCAGCACACGGCCGAAACCUCGGGAAAACCCUACGGUCCUGACAUGUCAGACAGGUCCUCGGUCUGCUCAGACGAGACCCUGCACUCCCCAGUCUCUCCUUCAUUCCUCUACGAUAUCAAGGACCGAAACGGUAAGACAUCGCGUUCCGACGUCUCAGAGUCUCAGCAGCGGCAUGAAGACAGCUUCGGACACGACGGCUCCGAGACCGGUAGAGGGCAGAAAGUUUGGAUCCCCGCGCACCAUCGCCACCGAACUCUCGUCCUCUGCUUUGAUGGAACGGGAGAUCAGUUCGAUUCCGACAACUCCAAUGUAGUGCAGUUCGUAUCGAUGCUUCGUAAGGACGAUACCUCCCAGCAGCUCGUCUACUACCAGCCGGGCAUAGGCACUUACACAGGCACUAAUAUGCCUAUCGUCGCGACAAUAAGCAAGACGCUUGAUGAGAUGUUUGCGAUGAAUAUUUCAUCGCACAUCAAAGACGGCUAUCGGUUCCUCAUGAAUAACUACACCGACGGCGACAAGAUUUGUCUAUUCGGCUUCUCGCGUGGGGCAUACACAGCGCGUGCGCUCGCUGGCAUGUUGCAGAAAGUCGGCCUUUUGCCGCGGUCCAACGACGCCCAGCUGUACUUUGCGUACGACAUGUACGCAAAGACGGCAACGAACGCGGACGACAAGGACUUUGAUGAACAGGUCAUCCUUGUGGAGACCUUCAAGCGCACGUUCUGCAGGGAGGUCAAGGUCGAGUUCCUGGGUGUCUGGGAUACCGUCAACUCCGUGGGCCUCAUCCCGCGUACCCUGCCGUUCGUGUACAUGAACAACGGCGUGCGGCACCUCCGGCACGCGCUCUCACUCGACGAGCGGCGCGUGCGCUUCAUCCCGAGCUUCGCGAGCGCCUACGUGCCGUGCAAGGCGGCACAGGACGGCGAGCGCGCCGAGCAGCGGUUCGAGGACGCCGUGAACGCCGCCUCGGGCGUACACUGCGACGUGUACGAAGUGUGGUUCGCAGGCGUGCACGCAGACAUCGGCGGCGGCUCCGUCAAGAACAACACGCGACACGCGCUCGCGCGCAUCCCGCUCCGCUGGAUGGUCCGCGAGGCCUUCCGCUGCGGGACCGGCCUCAUCUUCGACGCCGCGAUGCUCCAGCAGAUCGGACUCUCCCUCGACGUCGCGCCCGACACCACCAGCACCGGCACCACCACCAUCUCGCUGGCAGAUCCGCCCCCGCGCCUCGCUGCACACGAGGUCCACGCGUACCCCGACCUCACCGUCGAGCUCGAGGCCGCCGAAGACGCAGCAGACGCAACAGACGCACGCGAGGACGCGCGCGCGAAGGAGUCGUGGGGGUGGCGCGCCCUGCGCACCGCCGGCGCCCUGCUCGCCGCGCCCUGCUCGCCGCGCCCUUCCGCGCGCUGUUCGGCCCCCGCGCGCGCAAGGACCGGCUCUCGGACACGGCGCGCCUGCGUGGCGGGCGGCACGUCGUGCCGUCGCGCAUGCACCCGGCGCAUGCGCGCGCGGCGCACGGGCACGGACACGACCACUGCCGCCGCCCUACGGGAACGGCACCACCGCUGACGCCGCCGCCGCCGCCGCCGCUGCACGAGGACCUGCACGCGCUGGACACGGCGCACACGGCGGCGCAGGACCCGAUGUACGAGGCCGUCGAGGAGCUCGCGGACGCGCUGAGCGUGAUGCACGACCAGCUCACGUCUGCCGGGGGCUGGAAGCGCCUCCUGUGGCUCACGAUGGAGUACCUCCCCGCGUGGGUACGCGUCGAGCGGCCGCCGCACGUGCAGCCCGGGCACAGCGCCGACGCGUGGGAGUGAUGGAGCCGCCCGGGGCAUGACCGCUCCGUCUGGAGAUGGAUGUAAGUGUUGCUGCCGCUGCCACCCGUGUGCGGAAUUGCGGGCGCGGACGCAUCGUCGCGGGUGACGUGCUCAAGCCCGGCAUGCACGUGCACCGCUCGGUCAAGACGCGCCUCGAGGCGCGGGGCGUCCGCCUCAGGGAUGUGCACCGCCGCGGCGAGGUGUACAUCCCGCAAGUGCGGCCUGCCAUCCCGCGUCGCGACGGCGAGAUGUUGCCGGAGAGGCUGGCGCACCGUGAGUGGAACGUCGAGGCGCCGGAGCAUUGGGAGUGGGUGGAUUGAACGGUGUCAGCACAAGACUUAGCACCAAGGCGACAUAUCGAUUCACACAUGUUUUCUAAUUCGAGUCUGUUAUAUCAUUAUGCACUUUGUAUGACAUAGGCUUCUGCUGCAACGUCC